AUGGAUCAUGGCAAGGGUGUAGCAUCCCUGAGAAGACAAUGGUCUGCUUGGCUCUUGAGGGUUGGGAUCAUGGCAAUGAUCAUGUCUGCUAGAGUAGUAUCUGAGGAUCAAACUGGAGUGCCACCCACAGGCAUGCUAUGUAUCAGUGACUGUGCUACAUGUCCUGUCAUUUGCUCACCUCCACCUCCACCAUCAGAGUACAAACCACCACAUUCACCCCCAUCCCAUCACUCCCCUGCCCCAGCUUACCACAGCCACUCACCGCCACCGCCAUCGUCACCAUCACCUCCACCUCCAUCUCCCCCUCCUCCACCUUCAUUUUACUUCUCAUGGGAUGCUCCACCCCCUCCUUUCAACUACAUAGGCAUCCCUUCAGGGCCAGCACCGCCUGCAAAGGGGCAGCCUGGUUAUGGCUACCCCUACUACUACUUUUAUGCCUCCAAUUCAUUCUCCCUCUCUUUCUCUGCUUUCUUCCUCUUUAUGGCAUUCUCCUUUCAUGUCAUGUUCUUUUGCUGGUGA